AUGCCCCGGAAAAACUGCAAAGCCAAAGAAGGGCCUGCUGACCCCCCAGGGCCCCUGCAGCUGCUUGUGGUCCUGGAUCAGGCCCUUUCUUCGGUCACUGGCCUGUACCAUGGCACUCAUCUACAGAUAGUCCCUCCUACUGUGCAGCUGCACACCCCUGGUCUCACCCCCAUCACAGGCCUUCCCUGCCAGAAAUUUGCCGACCACCUAGUUGAACUGUCCUUCCUGGUGCCUGGCUUCCUGUCUCCUAGGCACCUUCCUCUCCAUAGUUCCACCUUCUCCUGGAGAAAUGUAGCACUCCUGCUUCUUCUCUCUCUCUCUUUGGAGGAGAGCACUUCAUCACCAAUCAAGAGAGUCAAACAGAAACCAGGAGUGUGCCCCCGAGAGAGGGUCAUCUGUGAGACUGAAGUUCCAGACUUCUGCACAACUGACUUGCAGUGCCUAAAACACAUGAAGUGCUGCUCAUUCGGGUGUGGGAAAAAGUGCAUGGAUCCACUCCAAGAACCCUGCAUGCUACCCUUUGACGAAGGAUACUGUAACAUUAGUAUCUUACGUUGGUAUUUUGACUUUAAACAUCAGUCCUGCCAACCCUUUAUCUAUGGAGGCUGCCAUGGGAAUGCCAACAACUUCAUCAGCAUCGCAAACUGCAAAAUGGCUUGCUCAUCAGUUGUCAAGAAUGGACAGUGCCCACUCUUCCCUUUCAAGGACCGUAUGGUGUGUCCAGCUUCGUGUAAGAGUGACUCUGAUUGCCCCAAAACUGACAAAUGUUGUGAAUCCAUGUGUGGCUUUGUUUGUGCCAAGGCUUGGACAGUUAAAUCAGGUUUCUGCCCACGUAAGCCCAUGGUGUGUUCCAAGAUUGAUAGACCCAAGUGCCUGAAGGAUCAUGAUUGCCCAGUGUCACAGAAGUGCUGUUCACAUUGUGGACUGAAGUGCCUGGAACCUCAAAAAUGA